AUGGUCGUUUCAUCUGCACUGAUUAUAUGGAAAACGUUGGUAUGCAUUACUGGAAGCGAGUCACCGGUUGUUGUUGUUCUUUCUGAAAGCAUGGAGCCUGGAUUUGCUAGGGGAGAUAUUCUGUUCUUGCAUAUGCCUCGAGACCCCAUCCGAGCAGGCGACAUUGUUGUGUAUAACAUUGAUAAUCGUGAAAUUCCAAUCGUUCAUCGAGUGAUUAAGGUUCACGAAAGGCAAGAUACGGGAGAAGUUGAUAUCCUCACGAAAGGGGAUAACAAUGAUGGUGAUGAUAUUCCUUUAUAUGCUCCCGGUCAGCUAUGGUUAAAGCAGGAACACAUCAUGGGAAAAGCUAUUGGAUUCUUACCUCACGUAGGCUGGGCUACCAUCAUUAUGACCGAAAAACCAUUGAUAAAGUAUAUACUUAUUGGUGUGUUGGGGUUGCUCGUCGUUACAUCGAAAGACUAG